AGUUAUGUUCCAUAAGCGUACGGAACGGGCGCAACGUUCCCACUGUCAAAUUGCUGCGAUAGGCACACGUGCUUACGUGGACGAUAAGGUCGUGCAAGUUUGUAUUUCGUAGAAAAAAUUUGAAAAUACAGUUCACGUGAUUGUUCUUUUCGUAUAGGGUAAACACCCUUUAAUGUCAGUGCCAUCGCAAACUGUGUUUGCCUCGACAUCGCAGUGAACAUGAACGGCACGUCGCGUAAAGUGAAAAAUCCGUUGUUGUCCGCCGCUGGUCCGGGCUUUCCUUUCGACAAUUACGCGGAGAACACAUUGCUGGUGCCAGUCACCCCCGCGACACCAGCCGUGCUCCGAGACGAUACUGAGCUCGACAGUUUCAUAGGACAAGAGCCAGUCAAUAUCCAAUCUCAAUCCCCAUCAAGGACAAACGACAAUUUUUCCACGAAUGCAUCUUCACAGCCAAAAGAAAGUAAGGACACGACGAAUCAGCCAGCAAAAUCAGGAUAUCUCACAUCGAUUCUCUCGUCGCUGCCGAAUCUGUCUCUGUCAUCGAUUAAAUCCGAUUCCUCGGGACCGCAAAUAAGUCAGGCAUCCGAGAACACCGGUGGAACGACGCACGAAUCUAAUCCUUACAUAACGCCGCAAGGAUACCAUGGUUCUCAGUCGGAAAUACCAGGAUUCUUAGCAAUUAAUCCUCAGGAUUCUCGAAGUACAAACUUGUCAGGAUUUGCUGCUUUUGGUCCCACUGGCACUGUACCCAACAACCCUCCUCCACCCGCAGCCCCACCCAGUGUAUCUCAGCCUGGUUAUGCGCCCGUUUCUUAUCGACUUGGUAAUCAACGACGCUUAAAGUAUGCACCACCGCCGGAUCUAACGUCUAACAACGCACAGCCAUAUACAAAUCCAGCAUUGCAGUUCUUGCCGACUCAAAAUGUCUCUGCACCGUCAACUAUUUUGAAUCCAUAUGAAUCGGAGGGAUUGGCACAGGGAAACAAUUCCAGCGUACAGCAGACCUUGCCCGAACAACUUCCAACGUCUGAGCAGCUAUCGCGAAAUAGCUCUCUCCAUAGUUCAUUUCGAUCCAGCCCAGUCACAACUGGAACGCCAUAUAAUUCGUCUGUAACGUCCGCAAAUCAGAAUCUAUUUUUAGAAAGUUCUUCCGCAUCCGCGCAAUUUCCUUUGUCGUCGUCUAGACCGAUACCUGCACGGGUAUUGGAGCCUGCAACGCCACAGAAUACUCCGGCGAACGUCUCAUUUCCCGGUUUCACUUACGUGAAUCGAGAUUUACCACCGACAUCUAAUUUCGACAAAGAAACUGUACCCAAGAAUCCUAAUCAGCUAAAUUUAUCGCCAGAAUUUUCGAAAGGCGGUGCUCUCGAGACCACAGCUACCACAGAAUCUGCGUAUAAACCGACGUCGAUUUCGGGGGAAAUCGAGACGACAUUUACGCCAAUAUCGGCAGCCAAGGUAACAGAGAAGUUAAUAGAACAUUUACUUGCGGAACAGCAGGAGAAUUCUCCUUCCGUAGCAACCCUUGAAGCUCACGCGGAAGUUGACGAAAUUACAUCCAGCGUCGCUACCGAAUUAACGAAAUCUUACGAAUCGCAAAGCGACGCGAAGGCUGCAAAUGAGAUAAUCGACAAAUCACACGAGGCAAAAUCGAAUGACGUACAAGGGAAAGCGGCUCAACCUGGAAGUGACACAUGGAGUGACGUGUUUCUUGGGCAAGAACCAGCGGCGCAAUCAGAGAUCCGCCCGGAAGUACACAUUACUGAUAACAGUCCGAUUGUAACGGAUCUUCAAACUAAGUCGAACACACAUCCGUCUCAACAGCAUUACCAAGUGCAAUCAAUAUCUAUGCCAAGCUCCACCUUUUAUACAGACAAGCCCGCAGAACAAAAGUCGAGCUUAAACUACGUACCGUCUGUCCAACUUCCGCAGCAAAUUUCUUCUUCCGCUGAUUUCUACAACCUACCGAAACCAACGGAACAAUCAACAAGUGUGUUCUUUGAAUCAGCGCCGUCGAAUCGGUUCCCGAGUUUCUCGUCGCAGGAAAGAAAUACAAACUCUCCGUUCGGACAACCAGUCCAAAAUUCCCCGUUCGGACAACCAGUCCAAAAUUCCCCGUUCGGACAACCAGUCCAAAAUUCUCCGUUCGGACAACCAGUCCAAAAUUCUCCGUUCGAACAAUCAGUUAACACAACAAAUAAUCUGCCUCACGAAAAUUCCGCAUUUAGUUCUAAAGCGAUCGAUUCCACGGCUCACGCACCGUUUUGGAAUGCCGAUCAGUCUUCUCAAUCGCAGAUACUGAACGCUGCAUCCGGCCAGCCGGCAUAUACCGCACCUAGCCAACCGGUAUACGCGACUCCCAUCCAACAAUCGGCGCCGGUAUUUUAUAAUCCUGCGCAAUUUGCGAAUGAACCACCCAAGCAAUCGACUUUUCCACAUACGUACGACCAACGUUCUCAACAGCAGCAGUCAUCUCAAAAUCCACCGUUUUACGGAAGUAGCACUGGGCUGCAGCAGCCCUACGCUAUUCCUGAAAAUAACGCGUAUCCUUCGCCCGCUGUAACGAUAGCAACGUCGGUACCUGAACCGACGGGUUCAGCCACUCUCAGUCCAGUUCAAAUGUCAGUUAAUGCGCCAACUAAUCGCACCACACCAGAUACCGUUCCACCGAGUUUUCAAAAUUGGGCUUCUGGAUCUUCCGAUAAACGAAUGCAAUACAGAUCGGUAUAUCACCACUGGUUUUACCGCAAGGAAGUGGAGAGCAAAACAUUAUGGCUGCCGUUCUCCAUGCAGGACAGCUUAAAGCUGGAAGAAGCUCACAAUUCGAGCGAUAUUACACCUGAAACCACAGUGGCUACCGAUGGCGGUCGUUACGAUGUUGACAUUUUACGUCGUCAAAGAGCACCCGUCUAUUGGACCGGAGCGUCUACCGAAGUUAGGCGAUGUUCUUGGUUUUUCAAGGGAGCAGCUGAAGCGAGAUACGUUCCUUACAGCGAGAGCACUGCUGCGAAACUUGAAGACGAAUACAAACUGGCAUGUCUCUCGAACACCUGGAACCGAAAAGUGGAAUUAAAUAAUGGAGAAUACAUUGUCUUCCAUAGCGCGACAGUGCAGGCUCAUUACCUACAACCGACUUCUCCUGAUGCGGCAUCUUGGGGAAGUAAUACUGCUUCAGAGGACAGUACAUAUUUACAGGGUUCUGCAAGUAAACCAAAAACUGUUAAAAGAGGAGUCGAUGAAUUCAAUAUAGAUGAGGGUGAACCCGAGAAAGUGGAUCAUCUUCUAUUUCUUGUACACGGUAUCGGUAGUGUUUGCGAUCUGAAGUUUCGCACUGUAGAAGAAGUUGUUGAUGAAUUCCGAAGUAUAUCGUUUCAAUUGGUGCAAUCACAUUAUCGUACAGCGAGCGAGCAGGGGUUUGUAAAUAGAAUAGAAGUUUUACCGAUCUCCUGGCAUACAACACUGCAUUCCGAUACGGGAAUUGAUAAGCGACUGCAGGCUAUCACGUUGGAGAGUAUUCCGAAAUUGCGACAUUUUACUAACGAUACUUUGCUCGACAUACUUUUCUAUACUAGUCCGAUAUACUGUCAGACUAUUAUGCAAACGGUCGGAAGUGAGAUGAACAGAUUGCACGCAUUAUUCAAAGAGAGAAAUCCUACUUUUGACGGAGAAAUAUUCUUAGGAGGUCAUUCAUUGGGCAGUUUGAUCAUGUUUGAUCUAUUGUGCCAUCAAACACCCGAAAAAGAAGAUGAAAAUGUGGACAAUAAGGAAGAAAAUGACAGUAUUAGGCCCAUUACGCCAAUGCCCGCAGCCGUUAUUAAGAGGCGUCUCAGUAGGAAAAUUAGUUAUGUAAUGGGAGCUGCGGGUACAGGCCAACCUUACAUACAUUAUCCGCAACUUAAUUUUCACCCAGGUGCCUUCUUUGCUCUCGGCAGUCCGAUUGGCAUGUUCGUAACGAUCCGAGGCAUCGACACUCUCGGCGAAAAUUUCUUUCUGCCUACUUGUCCGGCUUUCUUCAAUAUCUUCCAUCCGUUUGAUCCGGUAGCUUAUCGAGUGGAAUCCUUAAUUAAUCCCGAAGCCAGCAAUUUCCGACCUAUGCUGAUACCACAUCACAAAGGCAGGAAGAGGAUGCAUUUAGAAUUAAAGGAAACGAUGGCACGUGUCGGAGCGGAUUUGAAACAAAAAUUAAUUGAUUCCGUAAGGCAAACGUGGAACUCCUUCUAUCAGCUAGCCGUAUUUCACAAACCAGACAACCAAGCUCUCGAACGCGAGAUCGAUAAAGUCGUCGAGGAGCAAUUGCAAAAACCGCCGAGCGUACCAGAUCAACAUAACAACGACGAUGGUGGUGCCAAUUUAAAAAUAGGAAUACUUAAUGGUGGUCGAAGAAUAGAUUACGUUCUUCAAGAAGCGCCUUUCGAAUACAUUAAUGAAUAUCUUUUCGCUCUUACAAGCCAUAUCUGUUACUGGGAGUCUGAAGAUACUAUGCUUUUGAUAUUGAAGGAAAUAUAUGGAUCUAGAGGUAUUCAGACCGACGCGCAACUUCCUCAGCAGUCAAUGUCAAUUGAGAGAGUAUCUCCUUCUCCGUCUUUGAAUUUACCGGCUGCCUUGUCACCCAGUGGAAGUCAUAUAGGAACGUCAUCUGUUAUGGGCGUAGACCCUACAGUGCCUAUAUCCAGUAAACCCGUCGGUCCACCACCUAAGACUGGUUUUGUACCGAAAUCUUGAUCGAUGGAAUGUUUUUCCCAUAAUUACAUGCCGCGAAAUUAAAUUGUAUUAAAAAAAAUUAAUUUUAUUUUUAAUUACUAUUUAAAAAAAAGGAAUGGAAUUAGAUUGACAUUAAGCCUGACGUUAAAAUGAAAAGAUGGAAUGCAAAAAAUCAAAUUUUGUAUUUUACAGUGUUUUUCCACUCUGUAAAUUUUGUCAUAAAGCAUCACUUAAUGAUAUACAAAUAUGAAAUAUUUAUUGUACAAAAUUGUACAAAAUUGGCCUACGUAAUCAACUCUUUGGACAAACUUUAGUUUGUAGAAAAUCAAUUAUUAGUAUACAGAAGGAUGUAAAUAAUAAUUCGAGUUAUUCGUACGUUAAAAUAAUUGGUAAUUUUCCAUUGCAAUUUACGUUUAUUUGCAUAUCUCAGCGCAUAUUCUUAUAUAUUAAUACUUAGGUUGUGUGUAAUUGUGAUUGUAUGAUCGAAAACAUGUAUGGAAUGUUGAGAGAAGAAAGAUAUGGAAAUGAGGUAUGGAAAUGUGCAAAUGAAAUAACGUGUGUAAAUACACAAUUUAAUCGGAUAAAAAUAUAGUAGAUUAUAUGUACUUUUAUAAUCUGCUUGAACGAAUUAUGAACAUACCGAUUUUGAUUUUUAUGUACGCGCGUAUUUUAAUAAAUUACCAUAUUCUUUUA